AUGUCAGAAAAAGGUUGGUCUAACAGUGAGCUGUUUAGGUAUUACCUUGAGCAUCACUUUCUUCCUUUUGCAAGGCCAACAUCAACAAGCACACAGCCGAUACUUCUUAUUUAUCAUGGACACUCUUCUCACAAAAAUCCAGAAACUAUCAAAUGGGCCAGAGAACAUGGCAUCAUUUUAUUUGUUUUACCUGAUGUCACCAUAUUUGGACCGUUCAAAAGGUAUUAUUAUAGUGAGUGCGCACAGUACAUGUAUACACAUAUGGGACAGAACAUAACACGAUACGAAAUAUGUGCCCUUGCAUGCAGACCGUAUCUGAAGGCAUUAACUCCAAUGAACAUACAGGCUGGCUUUCGAAAGACAGGCAUCUACCCUCUUAAAACUGAUGUGAUUAGCCGUGAGCAGCUGUUACCCUGUGAAAAUUUUAGAGAGAAAGAUCCAGUAGGAAAGGCAAAAGCCAUUAAAGUCGGUCCUGACGCAGUUAAAAUACUUCUUGACAAGAAAGAAGAACAUAUAAGGAAAAUGGCAGAGGCGGAAAAGGAAAAUGAAGUCCAUCAAUGUUCAUGCAAAAGCAAGAAGAGGUGUUUAUUGCAAAAACCAGAUGCUAGUGGCAAGGCUAUAACAGAAGAUAACUAUUUUGAAGAUAUGACAAAUUAUGUAGACCAAAGAAAGAAGUCUCCAAAGCUCAGUGAGAAGAAAGCUGCACUUAAACUAAAGACCAAAGAAACCAAAUCUAAUCAACUGAGCCCAAAACCAUCUACCAGUGGUCCCCAAAUGAACAAAGACGGACCAGGAAUACCAGUUGACACUGACAGUUCAAGCGAAGAAGAGGACGAAGAUAAGUGCUGUGUCUGUGGGAAGCUGUCACCACCAAGGCUGGAUGAUUGCAUUAAAAUUAUAGGGUUGGGCAAGUGUGAUGCAUGUGAUUACUGGGUGCACCUUGCAUUUUGUACUGAGGAGCGUGUUUUAAGGAGGCACAGCGUGUUCCUGUGUCCUCAUUGCAGACAGAAUUAA